UGUGAUCAUGACGAAUCAUAUGACUGCAACCAGAUAAUGGUUGAAUUAGCGUGUGAAUCUCUCAUGCCAUGUGACCAUAACGACUCAUGUGAAUGCAACCUGGCAAUUGUUAGAUGGAUAAAUACCAGUGCAUGUGGACUACUGCUUCAUUUCCCUCAAGAAUUUUGUGGUGAAAGAAGCUCCUCUCCAAGGAACGAAGAUGCAGAGAUUCAGCACUCAACAGGCAUUGGAAAUGAUCCUGGAUGGAGCUGACCCUGGCGAAUCGGAUGGAGAAGACAUCAAUCUCCAGGUGGAUUCAGACUCCGAGCUGUCUCAGUCUUCAGAUGAGGAGAGUGCUCCCCAACCAACAAAGAGAGCUCGGCUAGCGACUGAUGUGGCAGAGACUGCAAAAGAUGGCACAGUAUGGCAUGAAGAACAGGUGGGAACGGGUCCACAUUUCACCCCACCAACGCCAUACAGCACAGAUGGAGAGCCAACCGCUAAGGCCAGGAGGUCAAUCACAAGUCGCCUUCAGAGCUUCCUUUGUUUCAUCACUCUGGACAUGCUUGGCAUCAUACGAGACUGUACAAUUCAACAUGCGAAGCAAACUGAGCAUGUGGAUUGGUUCAUGGGCAUACCUGAACUAAUGGCAUUUAUUUCCAUCACCAUCAUGAGGGGAAUCAUCAAGGUGCCAUCACUGCAUGACUGCUGGUCGAAAAACCUGGGAAACCCACACAUCAUCGAAACCAUGUCCCGAGGGCGUUUCAAAAACAUCAUGCAUCACCUGCGCUUUGAUGACAGAGACACCCGCAGCGAGCGAGUACAGACUGAUAGGUUUGCUGCAAUUUCAAACAUAUGGGGAUUGUUUGUCACCAACUGCAUCACAUCCUACAUCCCUGGUCAACACAUCACCAUUGACGAACAACUUUUCCCGUGCAAGACUCGCUGCUGUUUCCUACAGUACAUUGCAACUAAACCAGACAAGUUUGGUAUCAAGUUUUGGGUGGCGUGUGACUUGAAAACCAAAUACGUCUGCAACAUCCUCCCAUAUCUUGGCAAGGACCCCACUCGGCCUCGUGGGGAGAGAGUGUCUGAGAGUGUAGUCAUGAGGCUGAUGGAACCAUUCUUGGACAAGGGCAGAAAUGUUACCACAGACAAUUUCUUUACAUCACUGUCACUUGCAAAACGACUACUUAGCCGGAAUUCAACCAUCCUCGGCACAGUCAACAGGAUUCGCCAAGAAAUUCCACCAUCAACUCGACAGAUGCACCGCGAUGAAUUUACCACCCAGGUAUUUUCAUCCACUGGUGCCACACUGACUGUGUAUGCGCCCAAGCGGAAGAAGACAGUAUAUGUUCUCAGCAGCAUGCACAGCACGAUUCAGACACAGGAAACCGCCAAAAAGAAGCCAAACACCAUCACACUCUACAACACAACAAAGUGCGGCGUCGAUAUCAUGGACCAGAUGGUGCGGGAAUACACUGUCCGCGCAGGAACAAGGCGCUGGCCAAUAUCAGUGUUCUACAACAUGAUAGACAUUGCAGCACUGAAUGCCCACGUGCUCUAUCAAUUAUGCACUGGGAGAAAGGAAAGACGGGUGGAUUUCCUGUUUGAACUGGCAAGAGAGUUGGCUCACUCCCACGUGGGUAUGAAAAAGGUCCAAAAGGAGCAAUUGCUUCGGCAACAACCCUCCACACCACAAUUCGGACAAAGAGCCAAGUGUCAGGCUAAAAUCAAAUGCAAGGACAAUCGUGCAACUGUGCGCUGUGUUGGCUGUUAUAAAUAUACAUGUGGGAAAUGCAGAAAGGAGCAAUGGCUGUGCCAGAAUUGUGAGUGACUGCUCAAAUGUAUUUCACUCAUUUGCAUUCUUUGUAAAUAUGCUUUUUUCUUUGUAAAUAUAUUUUUUCUAUUUUUGGCACACAAAAAUAACAGUUACUUCUGCAAAAACUUUCCACACGAAAACUGGGAAAACAGUUGCUUUUUCAUU